AUGGUGCUGCCUUUUGCCAUCGCGGCGUCGUUCAUAGCUGCUGCGGUGGCCUAUUUCACGUCCCCGAAUGAUCAAGAUCGGGCGGUCUGUGAGCUGCCUACGCCGCGGAGCACACUACCGCUGGUCAAGAACACGCUGGAUCUCGUGUUCAUACAGCGCGCAAGGAUCUACGACUGGAUCUUGGAGCAAUGCCGAGAGCAUAGAGGCCAACCGUGGCGUGUAAGGGUGCUUGGACGUCCUCCUGCUGUCAUCCUGAGCUCCCCGGAAGCCAUGGAGGAUGUCUUGAAGACGCAAUUCGACGUAUUCAUUAAAGGCCCUACCAUCUCAGAUAUUUCCCACGGACUACUAGGCGACGGCAUCUUCGUCGUGGACGGCAUUAAGUGGAAGCACCAACGCAAAACUGCGAGUAAUUUCUUCUCCAUGAACAUGAUCCGCGAUGCAAUGGAGAACGUGGUGCGCGAUCACAGCAAACUAUUGACGUCCACGUUGAACGAGGCAGUGGAGAAUGGAGAGACACUCAACAUCAAGCGCGUACUGGACUUGUUCACGAUGGAUAUCUUUACCAAAAUCGGCUUUGGAGUGGAGCUGCACGGGUUAGAGACUGGUGGUAACAGUGGCUUCAUGGAGGCUUUCGAGCGAGCAUCGAGUCGCAUUAUGGCACGAUUUCAGCAGCCCAUGUGCAUGUGGAAGCUCGCACGCUGGCUCAACGUCGGGGCGGAAAGGCAAAUGGCGAAAGAUGUAAAGCUCAUCAACGACGUAGUGUAUGAUGUCAUCCACCGUAAUUUAGAGGAGAAAGCGAGUCGAAAACGGAGUGGAGAAAACUCUAAUAGUUACCGUAAAGACCUCAUCUCACUCUUCCUCGAGAAAGCGAGCGUUAACUACAGCGAUGACGACCAAACUGAAAUAACCCCAACGAUGCUGCGGGAUAUGUCGAUGUUGGCUGAAGAUAUUAAAGUGGUGAACGAUCUGGUGUAUGGAGUGAUCUCUCGCUCAAUUGACGAGAAGAAUCGUCAGGGAGUAAAAGAAAACAGUCGAAAAGACCUCAUCACCCUGUUUAUUGAGAAGUCUGAGGUUGAGUAUACGAAGGGUGUGCAUACGAAGAAGGACCUCAAACUGAUGCGCGACUUCGUCAUCAGUUUCUUAGCAGCUGGACGGGAGACAACGGCGACGACCAUGUCGUGGGUCAUCUUGAUGCUCAACAGAUAUCCGAAGGUAUUGGAGCGCGUUCGACACGAGAUUAAAGACAAACUUCCAGACCUCGUGAGUGGCAACAUGCGCUCACCAACCUUGGAAGACACUCAGCAACUCGUCUACCUGGAAGCGGUUGUCCGAGAAACACUGAGACUUUUCCCUGUUGCUGCUGUGUCUGGACGCUCCGCGACGAGAGAUGUACGUCUGUACGAGGGCACAUUGAUCAAGGCAGGGACGCGAAUUGUACUGCCUCACUACUGUAUGGGGAGGAUGACGACUGUGUGGGGUCCAGACGUCGAUGAGUUCAAGCCGGAGCGUUGGAUUGACCCCAUUUCAGGGAAAAUCAAGAUGGUGUCGCCGUUUAAGUUCAGUGUGUUCUUCGGUGGACCACGCAUUUGUCUGGGUAUGAAGUUUGCACUGGCGGAGGUAAAAAUCACACUCGCUAAGCUCUUGAGUCAGUUCGACUUCAAGACGGUGAAAGACCCUUUCGACUUUACGUAUCGUGCUUCCAUUACGCUCCAGAUCAAAGGCCCAUUCGACGUCGUCGUGUCUCGACUCAAAGUUUGAGAUAGUUACCGAGCAUGUGAGUUAAAGGUAACUCUUGCCUUGCAAUUACGAACAGCAGCCUGAACAGUGACGAGAUCCAUAUAAACUACAGGAAACGGCUGCAAUCCUAAAACUUGGUCCAAGAGCAUAUUUGAAACAAAGGUAUGCUUGCCCUGAAGAAGCACUAGUGAAUAAGUUUCGAAGGUUUGGAUUUCCUGUGUCAACGCGCCUGCUUCGUAGCCCUGUGUGUACUAGACUUCUCCAAGAUUAUAUUUUAGUUUCAGCAUUUUAAGAUAAUAGAGCGCUUAAGCUGUUCAGAACGAAACGCAAAUCUGAUGAAAACCUG